UAAGUGACGCACUCUGGUUCCAAAGGCUGCCUUUGUAGCUAACAACACUUUUGUUCGGACUGACAGGAGCGGUAGACGUGGGGCCCAGGAACCCAUUUUCUGUUCUUGGACUCGGUUAUAGGAUUUAAUUCUCCCCACAACUUUCCUUCUCUAGUCAUGGAUUUUCUCCUGGAUUCUGGCUAAUCAUGACAUCUUUUUUUAUCCCAGUUUCCUCAAAGUUAAAAAUUGUUUUUCACACUCACUUUGUUUUUAAAAGCAAAGAGAAUCAUUUACUAUGUCAGUGGCUGCUCUAUUCAGGAGCAAGUGGGGGCACAAGUCACAGCCACCACCUGAGAAACAUCCAGCAGCUUUGGUUAAACCCAGCCACGGAGAGGACGACGAUGAAGAUUUGACCAGAGAGCCUAUCCGCAGGAACUCCCGCUUCUAUCGGUCAAUGAGGAAGAAGAGGCAGAGUUCAUCUGAGCAGCUUGAAAAUUCUACCAAUCCUGGUUUGGACCAAAGUCCUUCCAGCAGAGCUGGAGUCACCUAUUCUCAUGCUCCCUUGUCCAAUAAAUCACCUUUGUUGCCCAUGGACAGACGAGCUGUGUUGCCAAGCAAUGAUGGGGCCAGAGAUGUGGAUAAGAGAGGAGGAGGAGUGGGAGGAGGGAGGAGUGUGGACAUAUCUGCUGCCUCCGACAGCCAGCAUAAGAAUUGUGCAGCCGACAUGAUCACGUACCGGACUCACGGCAUUCAUAGCAGGGACAUAAAAAACCUGUCAGCACAAACAACUGCAGCUUGCACUUUACAGGAGGUCGGAAGGGAAACCAUGAGUGCUCAACGGCCCAGUUCUCACGGAGCGGAUCAGGACAACGCCAACCUCAGGUUGCCGAGCAAUGGUGCUGGCUCCCAGACAAUCUGCCACAGCCUCAACAUCAUCAAAAAUAUUGCCUUCCUCUACCAGGAAUACCGGGACACUUCUAAGCAGCAGGAGAUUGAGCAGCGGCGGCAGCGUGAGAACCUUUCUCCUGAGGUCCCACCGGGGACUUUGAUGGAUGGGUCCGGUGUCCUGUCCCCUCCCGUGUUGCAACUGCAGCUUAGGAACAAUGCUCAGUCACUGAGCUUAUGGCAGAACCUGGAAGUAGUGCAAGCCAGUGGCCUGCUCACCCGAUUACCACAGAGUGAAAUCAUAAUGCAGGAGGCCAUGUUUGAGCUAGUUACCUCGGAAGCAUCGUACUACAAGAGUUUGGAGAUUUUAGAGACUCACUUCCUACGUAACCCAGAUUUGAUCAACACUCUCAGCCAAUCUGAUGUGCAUUUUUUGUUCUCCAACAUUGAGGAAGUGAUGAAGGCCAGUGAAAGGUUCCUGAUGGAUCUUGAGCACCGAAUGGAGAAGUCUAUUUUGAUAUCUGAAGUGUGUGACAUUGUUUACCAUCACGCUGUGGAACACUUCAAUGUCUUCAUCAAAUACGUCAUAAACCAGGUCUACCAAGAGAAGAACUAUAGACGCAUUUUAGAGGGAAACCAGGCUUUUCGGGAAGCCAUGGCUUCACUUGAGAACCAUCCACGCGUCAGGGGCCUGUCCUUUACCUCAUUCCUCAUCCUUCCAUUCCAGAGGAUCACAAGGCUCAAGUUGCUUGUACAAAAUAUCCUGAAAAAAGCAGAAGAAAACUCAGAAAUUGAACAAAAUGCUAUAAAAGCACAUCAGCAACUGGAGCAGAUUGUGAAAGAAUGUAACGAGGGGGUGAGAAAAAUGAGUCGCACCGAAGAGCUUAUCAGUAUUGAGAAAACACUGGAGUUCAAAUCAAAGUCUGUGCCUAUCAUUUCACACUCGCGCUGGUUGCUAAAGAAGGGUGAAGUGCAGCACAUGACUGGUCCUAAGACCUCUAGGACCAUGCGGAGUCGUAAACUCUACCAACCAGUCUACCUCUUCCUUUUUAACAAUCUGCUGCUGGUGACCAAGCGCAGCUCAAGUGGAGAUAAGUUUCAGGUUAUUGACUCAUGCACACGAGCCAUGUUGAGGACUGAAGACCUUGAAGACCAGGGCCAACUUCUAGCCAAUGUCUUUAAUCUGAAACUGCUGGAGAACCAAGAAGAGCGUGCGGUCAACUACAUGCUCAAGACCUCGAGUAUGAGUGAAAAGCUGCGAUGGACGUGUGCCCUCACUCCUAACAGGCGCACACGCUUUAUGUCUACUAGUGCCCACCAACAAGACUCUCCGCAGGUGCAAUGUAUUCACUCAUACUCAUCUCAGGAGCCGGAUGAACUCUCCAUCGAGACGGCUGAUGUUUUAAACCUCCUGGAAAGAACAGACGACGGCUGGAUGAUGGGGGAAAGGCUCCAUGAUGGCGAAAGGGGCUGGUUCCCCUGUCGAUUAGUAGAGGACAUCCUGAGCAAGGAGGUCCGAGCUCAGAACCUGAGAGAGGCCUUCAGGAUCCAGCAGGCCCAGAAAGGUGGGGGAGUUCUGCAAACUGAAGCCAGGAUUGGGUCAAGGGCUGCGAGACGCACUCCAAAGUACUCCACCUUUUCCAAUCCUUAAUGAAGAAAAACAGAACGGCAGUAACAGUGAUGAAUGUGAACAUUUAAGGCCAUAUGAACCAAAAGAAAUGAUCAGGAUACAUGUGACUUAAAUGCCAUGCAAUGACAUCUUGUUCCUUUGAUUUUCACUUAGCAGUUGAUGGCUUUAGAAAUCCAAAUGAUCAAAGCACUUUGAGUCACUUAUCUUGUACAACCGAUGCUGCAUGUCUCAUAUAAAAGGCACACUGAAGGUGUUUUGUAGGCCGACGUACAGUGGUGUGUAUUACAUGGGACAAAGCUCUCAAAGGUUUUGGUUUGGGGAUGGAAAUACACUUGUAAAGAAAGUGUGACUAUUCAGCUGCACGGGCAUGUUUUAAAAGUUGUGUGUGUUCAUUUCAUUGUAAAAUACCUUUCAUAACUGAAUUAUAUCCUACAGCCACAACACAAACAUUUAAGUGUACGGUGACCACAAGAGUGUAAUGUAAAACAAAUCUAAAUCUAAUACAGAAAACAAAACAAAUAAGCAUUUUAGCUUACAUGACCACUUUAAAAGUUUUGAUGAAUUUCUAUUUAAAAUGAAGUCUGCACCUAUAAAUAAUCAAAUAAUUGAGGAAGCUAAAAAGAUACUCCACCAAAAAUCUUUUUAAUUUGAAACACUGCACACUUCCAUGGUUGAUUGCUGGCUGUAAAAUAUUUCAUAUGUAGUCAGCUUAGCUUCAGUUACAAAAUAGACAGGACAUCCAUAAAAAAAUGUGUGGUGUCAACAUAUCUGCAUCAAAUAUAUCGCACCCACACAGAAACUCAAUAUAUCUCUUUGGGUGUUUUACAAAACUAUGAACAUCCAUAUCAAAACUGGCAAACGUACCAAAAAAGACCAAGAUCCAAAUCUGCCUAUACAUGACUGAACAGUAUAACGGCUUGGCAAGGUGACUGAUCAGAACACACACGCCCUUAUCAAAACAGACUCAGUCUGUUAUGGUCUACACACCCCAUUAUAUUUAAAUAGCAUCUGACGAGUCUUAUUUAGUGCAGAAACAUUUGACAUAUUCUGUUAAUGAAACUCACGUCCCAGUUUCCUUUACAAUAGUUAUAGUUUGUUUUAGCUAUCAUAUUGCAUUACCCGUGACCCCUAGUUGGUUACAUUAGAUUUAAGCUAAAUAACCUUGUUGAAUGGCACUAUAUUUACUACAAUAUUUAAAUCAUACUCUUGUGCUAUUUUUUCAGAAGUUUGAUUGUGAAACAAGUGGGGAAAUAUGCGCAAAAGACUGUUUUCAUCUAGAUUAAUGUAGUACAUAUAGCGUAUUUCAUUUCUGUAGCUCAUUAUGACGAGAGAAGAAAGAAAACCACAACUCUUAGAGCUAAUAAUCUAACCUGAACAUACAUUAAUUUUUUAAUUUCAUACACUUGAAAGCAGGCAAUGUUUUUUCAGUUUCAAUAUUGUAGAUUUAUAUGUCUUGAUUUUUUAGCAUUGACAAACUUGAAUGUUUGCCAUUGUGCAGGUAUUUUUCAAUUUGUUCUAACUUUAAAAAGGUGGUAAAUUUGACUAUGCAAAGAUAUAGAAGAGUAAUGUAUUUGUGAGCCAAGCAUGGAGUCACUCUUCCUUUGUGUGUAUUUUUGGCCGUUCUGAACUGCUUUCCUUCAAAGGUUAGAGCUGAUAACGGCAUCUUGACCAAUGGAGAAUCACCCACUAUCUAGUUUCCCCUUUGGUAACCACUGUUGGCUUUGUCAGUACGUUUCCCACCCUUUGCACGAGCUUCCUGCUCAGCUGAUGCCAUGUUGGGAGCUUCUGCAAUGCAUCUAGAUCUUCUUCUUAGAUGUCACAUGAUAAAACAGAAACACGUGAGUGUACUAGCAUAUAUUACAAUAAUCAGUGCAAAUAGAAAAAAAAUAAUGUACAAAGAUAAUUUUGAUUGAACAACUCAUAACUUAUAGCUAUACAGAAUGUAAAUAUAGCAUACAGACAUCAGAAAGUGUUAUUGCAGUUUUAUAGUAAGAUGUACUUGGAAACAUAAUAUUCUACAGGUAGCACCUUCCUGUGCAUUACCAACGGAGCACCUGCUGUAAUAACGUAUAAUAGUAUAGUAUCAUUUUACACCUGCCAGAAGCCCAAGCUGACCACAAUCUUUGUUCUCUGUCAAAGAAAGAACUGCAAACUAAUAGUCACCUUCAGAGCCUUCGGUGUUUUCCAGUGAAGAUACAUUUUAUGUGGAUUACCCUUUUUUAAACAUUCUAUACAACAGUAGUACACAUACACAAACACGGAUCUACACCAGGGAUGAAUACUAUAAGCAGUUUACUGCAAAAUGACUGCAAUUUAUUAUACUGUAUGGGGUGUGUCAACACAAUGGAUCAGCAUGAUUGUAAAGCAUGUUCAUCUUUAAAUAUGCUCUAUGUACUGUGAUACAAAUAUUUGAUGUUCCAUUUAAUAAUUACUAAAGAAUUGUUAUUUCAUUUUGUAAGAUAAAUUGUUCAUGAAACAAAUGUAAUCAGAGAUGUCCCUGACUCACUGACGAAAAUGGACAAAUGUAAUUUGUAUUUUAUUCAUGCACAGCUGUUCUUUACACUUUGUACUCCUCUGGGGCUGGUAUAGUCAGGCAUCCAAUCAUUUACCACUUCCAGCAGGGCGCUUCAGGAGGAGAUUCAUAGUAUCAUCUUCCAUUGUAACCUUUACAUUGUAGCGGAUAAGCAUUGCUACAAUUAAGGCUGGUACGAGCUUAACAAAGCCACCCGGUCAGCUAAAAUACAAUACCAGGGCAAAAAGUUGUGGUUAUUUCUUUCUGAGCAAAUAUUCUAUCACUCCAAGCUCUCUGGCUUGAAUAGAUAGAGUUUCAUUUAGGGCAGUAUUCGGAUCUGUCACUUUUUGCUCUUAAAGUGAUUUUCUUUUGUAGAAAAUAUUGCUUUUCAUAAUAUUAAAUAACAAUAAGUAUUCAAACCAAGUUAAUAUCACAUAGAUUAUGUUUGCUCUGAUUAAUGUAUAAAGAUUUCUAUAAACUUGA